CCUGCUAGGGUCUCCUUUAAAAUACCCCAAAUCCAUUUCCUUUCUUCCAUAGGUUUUGAAGCCCUGAUUGCAAGUUGCAGAAACUCUCUGCAACAACAACAGCAACAAUGGCUGACAAGUCGAAUCGACAGCCACUCAGCUUGAACGAUCGCCACUACCGCCUCCUCCAAUCCCUCUCCGCUUCCCAGUCUCGCCCCCACUCCAAACCCCAUCAGGAAAAUGAGCAGUCGAAGGUGAAGAAGCUGGAUUUACGUGAUGAUGUUCCUCGAUUCUCUGGAAUCGUUGAUUUUGAUUCUCCUCCGUAUACUAAUAUUGCUGCAGUAGAGGAGAAACCACAGAGGGUCAUGACCAAGGGCAAAGUUUCCUCUCGAGAUCACCUUGAUGGGGAGGAGGGUACAGAAGAGAAGAAGCCAUCAAAAGUUAAGGUGGAAGGAAGGCGUCGUCUAUGCAAACUUUCAUCCAAAGAUGAUAAUUAUGAUUACAAUGAUGGAAAGAACAAAACUGCAAAGGAUGACCUGGCAUUCUCUGGGCUUGCAGAUUUUGAUUCACCCCAACCGUUGAGAAAUGGAGUUGGGAGGGAUACCACUGGUGAAAAUGAAAUUAGGGAUAUUUUAAGUGAUUUAAGCUCUAGGCUCGAGAUUCUCUCAAUUGAGAAAAAACGCCCCGCCAAAAUGGGUAAUUUGAUAGGGGAAUCAUUUGCUUCAGUUACAGAUGAAGAUUAUAAGCAAGCUAAGAAGCAAGAUAAUCCUGAAUUCUCGAGUGCAGCUUCUUCCUUUUCACUCACCUCUGAUCCAUGUGAUUCCUCUUCGGAUACGACAAACCAGUCCAUGGCAGGAGGUGGAACUGAAACCUGGCUGGAUAGAUAUCAUGAGCAAAUUGAUCAUGGACAUGUUGAAGAUUUUGUAGGUAGGGUUGGCAGGCCUAAGAAUGCCGGCGAUGGACUUACAAAGAAUGAAACAAAAACGGUGCCUGGGAAAUCUGUCCGCAUGAGGCAAACAUUUGCUGCCAAGUUUGAAGAACGAGAUGAAGAGGAUGAUGAUUGUGUCAUUCUGAGUGGCAAUGAAGUGGUCAAAGAAGUUGAGAGGCAACGUGGUAAGUUACAAGAUGGAUUUGACAGGUCUGACAUUGUUGAUCCACUGGAUAAUUGCAGCAAUGAUUCAGAUUCCGGGGAUGAGAAUUCACUUACUUUGAUGGGCCCAAAUUCAACAUUUAUAUUACCUGGUAAAAUUGCAAAAAUUUUGUAUCCUCAUCAGCGAGAUGGCUUGGAGUGGCUUUGGUCUCUUCAUUGUCAGGGUAAGGGUGGCAUCUUGGGCGAUGACAUGGGCUUAGGUAAAACAAUGCAGAUCUGUGGAUUUUUAGCUGGGCUGUUUCAUUCCAAUUUGAUAAAGAGGGCGUUGGUUGUUUGUCCCAAGACACUACUACCCCAUUGGAUCAAAGAACUAUCAGCCUUGGGGCUCUCUGAGAAAACAAGAGAAUAUUUUGGGAGUGCCAAAACGCGACAAUAUGAACUCCAAUAUAUACUUGAGGACAAAGGUAUUCUUCUGACUACAUACGAUCUUGUGCGGAAUAAUGCUAAAGCAUUGAGUGGGGACUAUUACUUUCACGACGAUGGAAAUGAAGAUGACAUCACAUGGGACUAUAUGAUACUUGAUGAGGGACACAUGAUAAAGAAUCCUAGUACACAAAGGGCCAAAAGUUUGCUCCAGAUACCUUCUGCUCAUCGUAUUGUUAUUAGUGGCACGCCAAUACAAAACGACCUGAAGGAAUUGUGGGCCUUGUUCAACUUUUGUUGUCCUCAGUUAUUGGGAGACAAGAACGGGUUCAAGUUAGAAUAUGAGGGCCCCAUUCUUCGUGGAAAUGAAAAAAGUGCAACUGAUAGAGAGAAACACAUUGGUUCAACAGUAGCAAAGAGGUUAAGAGAACGGAUCGAACCAUAUUUUUUGCGGCGCAUGAAAAGUGAGGUGUUUCGAGAAGAUGAUGUCACGGAGGCCACCAAACUUUCCAAGAAGAAUGAGAUUAUUGUCUGGCUCAAAUUGACUAGUUGCCAGCGACAACUUUAUGAAGCUUUUCUGAAAAGUGAGAUUGUUGUUUCAGCUUUUGAUGGCUCACCUCUUGCUGCAAUCACGAUUCUGAAGAAAAUAUGUGAUCAUCCACUUUUGUUGACAAAAAGAGCUGCUGAAGAUGUAUUGGAAGGGAUGGAUUCAAUGUUAAACCAGGACGACAAAGUUCUUGCCGAAAAGUUGGCAAUGCACAUUGCAGAUGUCGCUGAGACUGUAGACUUUGAAGAGAAGCCUGACAAACUGUCAUGCAAGAUAUCUUUCAUACUAGCCUUAUUGGAUAACUUAAUAUCAGAAGGUCAUUGCAUUCUUAUCUUCUCACAGACCCGCAAGAUGCUUAAUCUUAUUCAGGAAUCAUUGGUGGCCAGAGGUUACAAGUUCUUACGCAUUGAUGGUACAACUAAAGCUAAUGACCGGGUGAAAAUUGUCAAUGACUUCCAAGAGGGGAUUGGUGCUCCUAUAUUUUUAUUGACAUCUCAAGUUGGUGGUUUGGGACUGACACUUACGAAAGCAGAUCGUGUGAUAGUGGUUGAUCCAGCAUGGAACCCAAGUACUGAUAAUCAAAGUGUUGAUCGUGCCUACCGCAUUGGACAGAAGAAGGAUGUCCUAGUGUACAGAUUGAUGACUUGCGGUACUAUUGAAGAAAAAAUAUACAGAAAGCAGAUAUACAAGGGAGGACUAUUUAAAACUGCAACAGAACACAAAGAACAGACAAGAUACUUCAGUCAGGCGGAUCUUCGGGAGCUUUUUAGUCUUCCCAGACAGGGCUUUGACAUUUCUCUCACUCAGCAGCAGUUGCAUGAAAAGCAUGAUCGCCACCAUACAAUGAGCGAGUAUUUGAAAGCCCACUUGAAGUUUCUGGAAACUAAAGAUAUAGCUGGAGUUAGUCACCAUAGCUUGCUUUUCUCCAAGACGGAAACCGUGCCAGUUGUUCAGGUUGAGGAGGAAAUAAUAAGGGUGAAAGGGACUACAUUCGUGGGUAACUCAUCUUCAGCAUCUCAGCUUGAACGUGAUGUUGAUGGGGCAAAGUAUGCAUUCAAUCCAAAAGAUGUGAAAUUGUCCAGAAACAGCUCUUCCACGAGUACUGCAGGUAAACCAACAGAAAUGGAAAUCAAAGAAAGGAUCAAUCGGCUUUCACUCAUUUUAGCAGACAAGGGUCUAGUCUUAAAACUGCCGGAUAACGGAUAUAACUUGCGUAAGCAAAUAGCUGAAUUGAAAUUGGAGCUUGAGAUGAUUCACAAGGCAAAAAGAACAGAGAAGGAAGUCAUAGAUUUGGAUGAUAUAGCUGCCGAGAUUCAGAGGAUCUUAUGAGAAACAGCAUUUCUUCCUCGUCAGGUGAAUGGAAGAAAAGCUUUUGGGAAAAUUUAUGAUUUUGUGACUGAAUUUGGCAUCUCUUUUAUAUCCAGGAAGUGGCAAAUACGUGUAUGGCACCUUGGUCAUAUUUUGGCUGGCCUCUUGCUUAAACCCUUGGUCUUUCGACGGCUAUUAUGGUAGAGAUGGUACCAUAUCUGCCCAUGCAUGGAUUACCUACCAGAUCUCAAACUUCAUUGUGUAGUACAGUACAAUUCUUGGCAUGACAACAAGUACUUCUGGAGGCCUCCGUACUGGAUAAUAUGAUUGCUGAAUGCAAACGUUUAAUCAA